AAAAGAUGGCCUCUUAAGCUAUUCCAAAAGAUUUGUAUACUUACACAAAUGAUGAAAGGUUGAAUAUAGAUUUCUAUCAACAAUUAGCUUAUAGCUGAUGAUAUAUUCAAUAAAAGGAAAUCAUGUUUGCAAGGAUUAGAGAAAGAGUUUCAAUUUAUGUAGAUCUACUCCACUUGGAAAGUAUGUAGAACCUGAAUUUUGUAAAGACAAUGCAUUGUCAUUAAUUGAUUGCUUUUUGAAAGUGUAAGAAAAUAUUUAGAUCUAUUUAUUUAGACAAAGAAAUACUAAAUGUAACUAAUCUUUUUAGAAGGUGUUUGACAUUGCUAAAUCAGGUUAGUAUGCUUAGGAAAGUUUAGAGGAUUAUUUGAAAUGUUGAUAAAUUUCAUAAAAUAGUAUCC